AUGAUCGGGACUCCACAUCCGAGCACCCUCCACCAAGAAGUUGGUGAUGCCUACAUUCUCAGCGCCGCCAGGACGCCCACAGCCAAGUUCAAUGGCUCUUUCUUGUCCGUUCCUGCCCCCAAGUUGGGUGCCGUUGCCAUCAAAUCGGCGGUAGAGAAGUCAGGGAUCCCCGUCUCCAAAAUCACCGAUGUCUAUAUGGGACACGUCCUCCAGGGCUCCGCGGGCCAGGCCCCCGCCCGCCAAGCUGCCAUCUUUGCCGGCCUCUCCUCCGGGGUGGAGGCCGUUACCGUCAACAAAGUCUGCGCCUCGGGCCUCAAGGCCGUCGUCCUGGCCGCCCAGAACAUUCAGCUCGGGCUUGCGGAAGCUCAAGUUGCGGGCGGCAUGGAGAAUAUGUCACAGGUUCCCUACUACCUUCCCCGGUCGAGUAGUCUUCCGGCCUUUGGCAACAUCAAGCUGGAGGAUGGCUUGAUCAAGGACGGCUUGACCGACGUCUACGACCAGAUCCACAUGGGCAACUGCGCCGAGAACACUGCGAAGAAGUACGAAAUUACCCGGGAGAUGCAGGACGAAUACGCCAUCGAGUCGUACAAGCGCGCUCAGGCGGCCUGGGCCCGGGGCGCUUUCAAGGAGGAAAUUGCCCCCGUCACGGUGAAGAACAGGAAGGGAGAGGUCGUCAUCGACACCGAUGAGGGCUACCUGGAUGUCAAGUUCGAAAAGGUGCCUACCUUGAAGCCCGCCUUCAUCAGAGACGGCACCGGUACCGUCACCGCUGCCAACGCAUCGACCUUCAACGACGGCGCAAGCGCCCUCGUCCUCGGUAACAAGGCCCUUGCGCAAGAGUACGGCGCUCAGUCCAGGGUCCUCGCCAAGAUUUGCGGUCACGCUGAUGCUGCCGUCGACCCCAUUGAUUUCCCUGUCGCGCCCGCCAAGGCGGUUCCCAUUGCUUUGGAGAGGGCUGGCAUUACCAAGGACCAAGUCUCUGUCUGGGAGUUUAACGAGGCCUUUGCCGCCGUCAUCAGGGCAAAUUCAAGAUUCUCGGACUCGAAAACGCCAAUGUCAACCCCUUGGGAGGUGCCAUCUCUCUGGGACAUGCCCUCGGCAGCUCCGGCUCGCGAAUCCUCACCACCCUUCUUCACCAGCUCCAGCCUGGCCAGUAUGGCGUUGCAGCAAUCUGCAACGGAGCUCCGCGGCUUCGUGCGCGCCCAGGACGGGGACAACCUCCGCGCCUGGCUCCAAGUCUCGGACAGGCCCAACCCUCAGUACCUUCGACUCGCCCAGGAGCUCAAGGCCCAGUAUGGAGGCGCGAGGAGCGCGGCGCUAGAGGCGGUCGUCGAGAGGGGCCUGCCGGAAGAAGACGACGAUUACUUCAUCUUCUGGAGGGAUGUCGACUUCCAGGACCUUCUGAGAGCGCAUUCGCUACUUUGCGGGCUCCUCAACACCGCUUUUGGUAACCCAACCUACGGCGGCAUGCUUCUCAAGACGAGCAUGUCGCUCAGCGAGGCCCUGGCGCAGCUCACCAUGAUGCUGAACAAGAGGCCGGACCUCACGAGCCGGCUCCGCGGCGGCGACGAGGAAAGCCGCAAGUCCGUCGCCGAGAUGUCGGCCGAGAUCAUUCAAAAGAUUUUCACCAUUUGCCUGACGGACCGGUCGAGCGCGCGGUUUAGCAUGCCGGAGGGCAAGAAGGUGGGCGUGUACAUGUUUGCCAACCUAGUGCUCAAACUACUCUUUGCCGUACGUAGCGCACGCGUCACCUUCCUCUACUACCUCGGCCGCUUCAACCUCGCCAACAACCACUUUGGCCGCGCCUCCCACUGCCUCCAAGGCGCCUACCUCCAGACGCCCCCACUUCACCUCCCACCGCACCCUCAUCCUCACCUACCUCAUCCCCGCCAACCUCCUCCUCGGCCUCCUCCCCUCUCGCCAGCUCCUCUCCCGCCCCGAGGCCCAGCCCUCGUCGCCGUCCUCCAGCCCAUCUGCCGCGCCGUCCGCACCGGCGACUUCUUCCUCUUCCAGGACACCCUCGCCACCCACGAGAGCUGGCUCUUCGAGCGCGGCAUCCUCCUCGUGCUCUCCAACCGCCUCCGCCCCUACCUCUGGCGCUCCCUCUCCCGCCGCGUCUUCCUCCUCACCUACACCCCGCCCGAAGAUCCCACGUCCCGAAAGGCCCCCUCCUCGACCUCGGCCACCUCCUCGCCGCGGCAACCCUCCUCCAGCAUCGCCUCGAGGGCGCCGGCCCCCGGCGCCACACCACGAAAGCUUCGCCCCAACCAAGGCCUCCAAGGUCUUCUUCACGGCUACCUCGCUCACGACAUGGCCAAGUUCGCCGUCCUCGGCGCCAAGAGUAAGGGCGCUAUCGUGGCUGGAUGGCCCACCGUGGCUAGAGCAGUCAGGGAGAGGAGGUAUGAGGACGAGGUGGACUGGGACGACGUUCCUGGUUGGGUCAAGGGUUGA